ACUCUGCACUCUCUUUCUUUUUCCAAUCCUCCAUUUGCUGACAUCUCUUUCCUUUUUUCAAAUCCUCCGUUUGCUGACAUCUCUCUCUGUAUUUUCCGAUCUCCAAUGGCCGGAAUCCAGUGUUCUACGGAAGACUCCGAUCUCGUACAUUCACGGGCUCCGAUCGCCGGCGAGCUGAUCUCGGACGACGACCGCUCCAUCGCCGCCGACUCCUGGUCUGUGAAGAGCGACCACGGAAGCACGUUCGACGAUGAGCAGCGCCACGUGGACGCUUCAGAUGCGCUCUCCACGGGCAUCCUCCGCCCCACGUCGGAUUACGGUUCCGACAAGGAUGCGCCAGAUGCCGAAGUGGAAACUUCGCUGGGUUCCCAAAGCUAUUGGGAUGCCACAUACACAAAUAAACUGACAAAUUUCCAUGAACAUGGUCACGUAGGUGAAAAUUGGUUUGGACCUGAAGUCAUGGAGGCUGUAGUGGACUGGACCAAAAACCUCUGUGUUAGCACUUCUCAAGGCUGUACACAACAUUUGGCUGAAGAUACCAAAUCCGAGUCCAGUGGAGAGGUCCACAAAUGCUUGUCUAGCUGGAGUGUGCUUGACAUCGGAACUGGGAGUGGUCUGAUUCUUCAGGAACUUGCAAAGCAAGGGUUCUCUGAUUUGACAGGAAUUGAUAGCAGUGAAGCAGCAAUUGAUCUAGCACGGAACCUUGCUGUUCGUGAUGGAUUCGCUAACAUCAAGUUUUUGGUUGAUGAUGUCCUCGAGACAAAAUUGGAGAGAAAAUUCCAGCUUGUUGUUGAUAAGGGGGCUCUUGAUGCAAUUGGACUGCAUUCCGAUGGCUCUCCCAAAAGGGUCAUGUAUUGGGAAUCACUCUCCAAGUUGGUUGCUCCUGGCGGGAUACUGGUCAUCAUGUCAUGUAACAGCUCGAAAGAUGAUCUGGUGCAAGAGAUGGAUGCUCUCAGCCAAAGAAGGCUCACUCCACAGGACUUGGAGCCCCCCGAGGACCAAGAAACGCAUGUAGAGCGGCCUCCAUUCCGAUACCUUGAUUGUGUCCAUGAAGAUACUACAUUCGUCUUUGGUGGGGCGGAAGUUUCCCACAUUGAAACUGUUGCGUUUACACGAAUUUGAAGUAGGAAGUUUGUUUUCUUUCCUUUUUCUUUUAUAGCGAGUGGCCUUUAUCUCUACCUUGUGGCAGGUUUGGGUGAUCCGGAGUGAGGUCUGUAUUGCCAGUGAAUACAGAAAUUCAAAGAGCUAGGUUGUAGCUGAGAUUUCAAUUGAGCUCCGAGUCUAAUGACAAUUAGAGUUUGUAUGAUUAAGGUUCUUAACCAAAUGGUUUUUGUUACCUACGAGAGAGGGGAACACCAUUUCCA